CUGGUGGCCAACAGCUGUUUGGGUCACCGCUUCCAUAGCUUGUUUUGAUUUUUCCUUUUGAUUAAUUAAAAUCGGAUUUUAAUAUGACGGACGAAUCAGAGGAGCCCGGAAAGAGCUUUUUUAUCUUCGGACGCGAUGUUGCUCAGAUUCCAUGCUUUCGUAACAGUUUCCUAUACGGUAUCAGUGGGGGAAUUGGAAUCGGUGUCCUGACCUUUCUUGGUACUUCCCGCACCCACCUCUCCACCCACGUGGGAUUCGGCUCCUUCUUUUGCGGCACAAUAGCCUACUGGAUGGCUUGCAGGUAUCAAUGGUCAUUAAGACGGUUUGAACAGCAGCAGUUACGGGAAGCAAUGCGGAAACAAGCUUUAUACGAGGGCACUGAGGUCGAGAGGGAUUUAGAUUUAAAGUCGGCGUAGCAUAAGUACGAAUUGUAAUCACACUUGACUGGUAUCCUUUGCAUCCUUGUACGUAAGACAGUCACUCCAUUGUUGUAAAACUAUAUUUGUUACCGAACAGCUUUAUUUGUAGCCAAUAUAUUAUCUUGUAAGAUGAUUCUUACCUUAAAGUUCAA